UUCAAGUUUUCGAAUCGAAAGCACUAAAAAUCAACCAUCACAAUGUUCAAAUCCGCUGUUGUCUUCCUUGCCAUCGUUGCCUGCGUUGCUGCCAAGCCCGGUCUCCUGGGUGCUCCUCUGGCCUACACUGCUCCCCUGGCCUUCUCAGCUCCGCUGGCCUACGCUGCCCCUGCUCCAGUCGUGACCGCCACCAGCAGCCAGGUGAUCGCCAGGAACUACAAUGGCAUCGCCGCCGCUCCAGUGAUUGCUCCCGUGGCUGCUCCAGUGGUCGCCAAGUACGCAGCUGCUCCUCUGGCGUACUCCUCUCCCCUAGCUUACUCCUCACCUUUGACCUACAGUGCCCUGUCAGCUGCUCCAGUCCUUGUCUAAGCCUUAAAACAAAUAAAAAUUUCAAUCCAACUCGAAUUUCUCCUCCUUUCUCGGCUUCUGCUAAUUGGAUUUACCGCUGGCAUACCAAGACCUCCGAUACCCACUGCCUGCUGAUGGGACAUUUAAAAGUUUUCAGAUUCUCGUCACGUAAUGGCGAUAAAAAUUAUUGUCAGCUCAGCGGCAG